CAACCGCCUAAACCCCUGCUCACAAAGUCCCCAGCACAAGAACACAAAUCAGAGGAAAGAAGAAAUAGGAAUUCAAAGAGAUAACAAAAAAACCAAACAAGGGAAUUGAAUAACCAAGAAUUGAUUAAAAGGGAGGGGAAGAUGCAAAGGAAAAGGCCUUUGAAUCGUAUUAACAAGAACAAGAAUAUUAGAAAGAAGAACAGAAUUAGUAGCAUUAAUUUGCGCAAAAUAAUCCCAGAUAUUGUUGAUUAUCUCAAGUCUGAUUCUUAUUUUUACUCCCACAUCAUCUCUUCUUCUUCGCCGUCUCAUCAUUCAGCUCCAUACGAUGUUUUUCUCUCCUCUACAGACACAGGUGAACCCAUUUUGGCAAAUAAGGAGCGAGCGGUGGAGAAGCUGGAGGAAUACCUUAAAUCUGAUACCUACCUGUACACUCCUUUGGAAGGCACUCAACAUCGUGAUAGUUUUGCGGUGAAAACUGUCAUUCCUCCUCCAAGAGAAGAGGAACUGCAAUUUAUGAGAGUAACUAGUACAGUCUCAUCCGAAAAGAUUGCCUGGCAGGCAAAAAAAGUAGCAGAAAAAUCUGUGCUUAAGAAGCGUGGGGAUCAAGUCUCAAAUGGUUAUCCUCAUGAUGCAAGUGUUGUAUUUCCUAAAACUCCAGGACUUCAGGAAGUGAAUAAGCAAGCAGCUCGCAGAAGCAGUCGGUUAUCAACAAUCUCAGGUUAAUUGGUACGGGAAUGGUACAUAAACAAGUCUUCAUGAAUUACAUCGCCAUAACUAGCAGCAAUUUCAGUAUGUACAUGUGCUUAGUAUUCUCAUACUGUAUUCUCUGAUGUAUUAUGUAUUAUCUACAUGUAAUUUAUACUCUGUAGAAUGUAAGAUGCCGAAUGUUCCACCAUGUUAUCUCGAAUCAUCGAAUGGGACAUUGAACGUAACUGAUGUAAGAUGAUAUUAGUACAUAGCUUUGGUGUAGACUUUGUUGAUUUACAACAUUGAGCAGACUUUGUACAUCGUA